UGACGGAAAGCCUAUAAUAAAGGCAACUAUCGCUUCGUGAAUAUAAGGUAUGAAUAAGCCUUGAAAAAAAGGCUGCAAAAUUACGGAGCCAAUCAAAAGGUGACGCGUGUGCAGAACAUUAAAUAGAAAAGACAAUUGAAGCGUCAGUACUGUCAUAGCAUUGAUUAUGGUAAAAAUUCCCUUUUUGUGAAGAUCCACUUCCCAAAUAUUUAAUUGAUAAAUAAAUGAAAAGUGGGGGAACUAUCUGUAUUGGGAAAAAAACUGAAUUUAUAUAUUGAAGAUGACGUGUCAUGACACGUGGACUGGUCAAAUGGUCAAAACACGGUAAUCAACCAAGAAGGCACGGGCGACAACAGAUACGGAGAGAAGAAAGUUAAAUAGGCACGAGUUUCGUACCUAUAUAAGUCAUUUAUAACCCCGAAGAUCGGAAAGGAUUGAAGAUAUGAAUCUGAUGACGCAAAAGAGUCCAAAUUCAGCAUUACAUAUCAAAUACGUUAGAGAAUUUGUAUUUAAUAGGAAUGAUUGAGUAACGUUUUUUUUAAAGUCAUUUAUUGCUCAUAAUUGCCUCAUUAAGACAAAGACAUUACACCUUCUCCUAGAAUCAACUAUAAAAUGAGAAGGACUCGACAUCUGUAGAGGGGAAGAUUAUUGAGACUUUACUGAAAUACAAAGCUAUUUACUGCUUUAUCAUCGUUCUCAAAAAUCUUUUAUUAUUUUCGUCUCCUGAUUAUCAGUAACCCGAAUUUCUCUUCGUUUCUAGCUUUGACCAAAGACUCAGAUUUUUGGUUAAACAAGAUGCCUACAUAUUGUUAUCAUAUUGUACAAUCAGUUAUAUUUAGUGUGCAAUCUGAUAAGUUGAUGAACGUUGUUGAAUGGGAUAACAUAGGCAACUUAUACAGUAGGUGAAAAUUCAAUGUGUGGUGAUAGGUUACAAAUAUUUGUGCUUCAUAUCACUUUGUCUAAACACAAACAAAUACUCUUUUUCGUGCCUACAGCCUUUUGGAUUACAAUGUUCAAUUCGACAUGGUUCAAUUUAAUCUCUAUGUUUGUUCGUCUUAUCAUUAAAAUAAUCGAGUUGCUUAAUGAGAAAGCCUAAGACUUAAAAUUGAUAUAUGGCAAGUUACUAUACCUUUUAAUCUUUAUUUUUCUGAUGUAGGUUUGUACUGUGAUUAGAAUACUGAUAUUUGUAUAACUCAAGUUCUCUUAACAAUGGAUCCUCAUCAAACAAAAAAACGUCCUUGCAUAAUGACAGAAGCCUAUGAUAAGAAUGCCAAAUGACGCGAAGUGUACAACAAUAUGACCAUGGCUGAAAAGAAUGCGCUUCUGUAGCAACGACGUCUAAAAAAAAGAGAGACAACAACUAAUCGUCUUCUCACAAGUAAAACUUAUGUCAAUCUUGUUGAACCAACAUCUGUAAUGCCAGAAAUCAUUGAAUGUGAAGUUUGUACGCCACCCGAUGUGCUUCACAAGGAGAAAAAUGUGGUGUACCCUUUUCAUGUUUUUGAAAAAGGUUCUACAUCAGACACUUCAAAUGAGUCAAGUGCUACAUCCUUUGAGCCGAUUUUGGCUGACGGUUAGUAUGAACAUAACAUAUCGUUUCUACUUUUUUGCUGUUUCAUAAUUUUUUCCACUCCUUAAGUCUGAAUGGCGUAUGGAGGUCAUGUAAAGAAUAAGAAAAAAUUGACUAAUGUUGGUUAUGGAAAAAAGAGAAAUAUGCCUAAUAAUAUCCGAUUGAGCCGAUUUUGGCUGACGGUUGGUAUGAACAUAACAUAUCGUUUCUACUUUUUUGCUGUUUCAUAAUUUUUUCCACUCCUUAAGUCUGAAUGGCGUAUGGAGGUCAUGUAAAGAAUAAGAAAAAAUUGACUAAUGUUGGUUAUGGAAAAAAGAGAAAUAUGCCUAAUAAUAUCCGAUUGAGCCGAUUUUGGCUGACGGUUGGUAUGAACAUAACAUAUCGUUUCUACUUUUUUGCUGUUUCAUAAUUUUUUCCACUCCUUAAGUCUGAAUGGCGUAUGGAGGUCAUGUAAAGAAUAAGAAAAAAUUGACUAAUGUUGGUUAUGGAAAAAAGAGAAAUAUGCCUAAUAAUAUCCGAUUGAGCCGAUUUUGGCUGACGGUUGGUAUGAACAUAACAUAUCGUUUCUACUUUUUUGCUGUUUCAUAAUUUUUUCCACUCCUUAAGUCUGAAUGGCGUAUGGAGGUCAUGUAAAGAAUAAGAAAAAAUUGACUAAUGUUGGUUAUGGAAAAAAGAGAAAUAUGCCUAAUAAUAUCCGAUUACGCUCUGACUAUGUUCCACUUAAAAAAGUGCCAAAUUGUGAAUUCUGCUCGGCUAAAAAAUUUCAGUAUGAAUCACCUUCAUUUUGUUGUGCUAACGGUACAGUUAAGUUGACUUAUCAUAAAAUGGCACCUGCAUUGAGAAAUUUAUAUCUAGGAUCUUCUGCAAAAUCGAAGCACUUCCAGACGUAUAUUAGAACGUAUAAUAAUAUGUUUGCUUUUAGCUCGCUUGGUGUCAGUUACGAUAAAGAUCUAGCCAAAAGAAAUCGUGGUAUAUAUACAUUCAGAGUUAAAGGUCAAAUGUAUCACUUUAUAGAUGAUUUAUAUUCUGCAGAGAGAAGGCCUAAAAAUUUACAGUUGUACUUUUAUGAUAACGACAAUGAGAUUGCAAAUAGAAUGGCUUGCUCUGAUAAAAUAAAUGAAUUAAUAGUGUGGGAAUUGAUAGACACACUGAAAGAUAAUCCAUAUUCUAUAUUUUUACGAAUUUUAUCUGAGAUUUCGAACUUACAGAACUAUCACAUCGCACUUAAAUGUAACUCUGGAUUGGAUCAACGAAUAUUUAACUUGCCCAGUACUACAGAGGUUGCAGCUAUAUGGGUUGAUGAGAAUGAUGUUGGUGCUAUUCAUGUACCACACAUUCAAAUUUAUACUCACAGCAAUAGAACUCAAAGAGUGAACUACUAUUUUGGGUGUUAUAAUCCUUUACAGUAUCCUUUACUAUUUCCAUAUGGCCAAAGUGGGUGGCAUUUUGGCAUUAAAAAGUUUCAUGGGGAAGAAAAUAUGCCUAAAAAUUAUGCGUUGUCUGAUUUGGAACAAUUACCAAAUAUAAAAAAUUUCACCUCUGUUGACGGAUAUCUUGAUAUGGAAGAUCAAGUUAUGCAAAAAGGAAAACGAAAGAGAGAUACAGUUUCAGUUCGUGAAUACUAUAGUUACAGGCUCCAGAUGAGAAACGAUGAUGAAGAUGAACUUCUACAUACAGGGAGAUUACUUCAACAAUAUUCGGUUGAUGAAUAUAUAAAAUUGGAGACUCAAAGAAUGGAUUUUGUUUUCUUCAAUCAAGAUUUGUUCAGAAUGGAUAUGUUAAAUGGACUUCUUGACAUUUUAAGACUUGGUGAACGAUAUGCUUCUAAUUUUGGAAAACAAACAUUUCUACCAAAUUCAUUUAUAGGAGGGCCUAGAGAUAUGCGUCAACGUUAUAUGACCGAUAUUGCAUUAGUGCAGUAUUUUGGAAAGCCUGAUUUAUUUAUAACGAUGACAUGUAACCCAACUUGGCCAGAAAUUGAGGAACAUUUAGCACCUAGCGAUGAGGCACAAAAUAGACCUGAUUUGAUUAGUCGCGUAUUUAGGGCCAAAAUAGAAGAGCUGAAGACGGAUAUUCUAAAACGAAAUAUCUUUGGAAAAGUUGUUGCUUUUAUGUACACCGUUGAGUUUCAAAAAUGAGGUUUACCUCAUGCUCAUUUUCUUAUUAUAUUACAAAAUGACUAUAAAUUGUUGACAACUGAAGCAUACGAUGAAAUAAUUAGAGCAUAAUUACCAGAUGCUAAUGCAGACUCAGAUUUGCGUAAGCUUGUUCUUAAGCAUAUGAUGCACAGUCCUUGUGGUAGUUUAGACCCAACAAAUUCCUGUAUGAGGAAAAAAACGGGUUCUUGCAAGUUCAAAUAUCCAAAAAUAUCUGCUUAUCAAACAUUAAAAGGAAAUGAUUCUCUUCCAAUUUAUAGAAGACGAAAUACAGGUGAAGUUGUGAAGUAAGAGGUCAUGACUUAGAUAACUCUUGGGUCGUCCCAUACAAUCCAUAUUUACUCGGUAAAUACAAUUGUCACAUAAAUGUUGAAGUUUGCAUCAAAGUUGUGAAGUACCUUUAUAAGUACAUCUGUAAAGGACAUGACAAAAUUGCAUUUUCUGUACAAAAUGAUGCGAAUAUAGAAAUAGAUGAGGUAAAUGAAUAUCGAUCUACUAGAUGGGUAUCACCUCCGGAAGCUGUAUGGCGUCUCUUUCGUUUUCCUAUUAGCGAAAUGUCUCCGAAUGUUUAUCAUCUUCAGCUGCAUCUUGAUGGACAACAACUUGUUUCCUUCAAGAAAAAUAUGGAUAUAAAUACAAUUGUAAAUAAUCCCAUGAUUAAAAAAACUAUGUUGACCGAAUUCUUCUAUAUGAACAAAACAGGUAAGAAUGCCAUGAAACUGAACUUAUUGUACAGAGAAUUUCCUGAAUACUUUGUGUGGUCCUCCAGCGACAAAUUUUGGGCACUUCGACAGCGUCGUUGUACUGUUGGCCGCGUUUCAUCCAACAGAAGGAGAACGAUAUUAUCUUAGAUUAUUAUUGAUGCAUGUGCGUGGGCCGACAUCGUAAGAGGAUCUUCUUAUGGUAAAUGGAGAACUUUGUAGUACAUUUAGAGAAUUUGUGGAAAAAAGAGGAUUAUUACAGUGUGAUAACAGUUUAACGGAAUGCAUGUCUGAAGCAGCAAGUUAUCAUAUACCAUAUAGUUUAAAGCGUUUGUUUGCUACAUUAUUGGUACACUGCAACCCUACCAAUCCAAGAGAACUAUGGGAGCAAUUUGAAGAGUGUAUGUCUGAAGAUUAUAAAGUGUUACGGACUAUUGAAACAAAAUCCGAUAUCAAGUUCCGAACCAUAUCAAUGAUAUUUUGCAUUCUAUGGGUCACAAUGUAAAUGAAUAUGAACUCAUUCCACAAACUAUUAGACCUUCCGCAGAAGCGAAAGAAGCAAAAGAGAUUCAUUUUGAAAGAACUACUACCGUAAGUGAAGAUGAGGUACAAUUGCAUAAGAGACUAAACAAAAAUCAACUGACAGCAUAUGAUGUAAUUAUCAACAGAGUAUUUUCCAACAAAGCGGGCGCAUUUUUCAUUGACAGUCCAGGAGGAACUGAAAAAACUUUCUUAUACCGUGCUUUACUAGCAACUGUACGGUCUAUGGGAUAUAUCACUUUGGCAACUGCGACUUCUGGUGUCGCUGCUUCUAUUCUCUCUGGUGGGCGUACUGCACAUUCACGCUUUAAAAUUCCUAUUGAUAUUGAUGAGAAUGUUAGUUGUAUUAGUAAACAAAGCGCACUUGCGAGUUUAAUUCGCGAUGCAAAAUUGAUUGUAUGGGAUGAGGCAUCUAUGGCAAAUAAAAGAAUGCUAGAAUUUUUUAAUUUGCUACUAAAAGAUCUCAUGGAUACAAAUGUAUUAUUCGGUGGAAAAGUAGUUGUUUUUGGGGCUGAUUUUAGACAAACUCUUCCCGUUGUGAGAAAUGGAAAAAAGGAAGAUUUCAUUAAUCAAAGUUUGUUAUAUUCCAGCAUUUGGGCCAAGCUAGAAAAAAUACAAUUAUCUGAGAAUAUGAGGGCAAAAACAGAUCCUGCGUUCUGUGAUUUUUUGCUAAGAAUUGGGAAUGGACAAGAACGUAACGCAACAAAUAACAUUGAAGUACCAAAUUCUUUAAUUGUGCCUUUCACAGCUGAAAGAGAAUCUUUAGAUAAACUAUUCACAGUGACAUAUCCAUAUUUGAAUUCAUCUGGUUAUGAAGCUUCUUGUACAGACUCCCGUGUAAUUUUGACAACAAAAAAUAAUUGUGCCGAUGAAAUCAACGAUAUGCUUAUUGAUCAAUUUCCAGGAAAAGCAAGAAUAUUUGUUGGUAUUGAUGAGACAAUUGAAUCUGACAAUCAAUCACAAUUUGAAGAUCUAUUGCAUACUUUAAACCCUGCAGGUUUGCCUCCGUACAUAUUAUCUUUGAAAAAGAAUUGUCCAAUUAUGUUAUUACGAAACUUAAAUCCAUAUGAAGGUUUAUGCAAUGUCACACGAUUAAACUGUUGUGGAUUUAAAACUCAUGUUCUAAGUGCUAAGAUUGCACCAGGUGAUUUCAAGAAUACACAUGUAUUUAUUCCAAGAAUACCAUUAUUAUCUUCAAAUAAUGAAAAAUUGCCCGUUUAAUUCAAGAGAACACAAUUUCCAGUAAGAAUGUGCUUUGUUAUGACUAUAAAUAAAGCGCAGGGUCAAACAUUAAAUUUUGUGGGAAUUUAUUUGCGUGAACCUGUAUUUUCCUACGGCCAACUUUAUGUUGCCUUAUCUAGAGCAAAGAGUUCGAACUAUGUGAAAUUGUUGAUUCGACCUCCCACCCCGACUAGUGAUGAUGAUCAUUCUACCUUAACAUAGUUUACGAUGAAAUCAUUCAAAAGGCAAUCAUGUGAUGUUUCUUACUACAAGAUGAUUGUCUAAGUCUUUUGUUCUGCAGUGGAUGAUUCCUCAGCGGAUUAUACUUCGUUUGUAUCUCUAAAUGUUAAUCCAACAGGUAUUUUUCAUCUUCCAUUUGUUUUCAUCUUGAUCUCUAUCUAAUAUGAUUGCUUUUUUGUAAAGAGUGAUUGAAUUAUUCAUUUAUGUAAUUUCUUAUUUCUCUAUUUGCUUCGCUAAUCCUCUGCUUUUUCUUCUGAGAUUCAUGUUGCCUGAGAUCCUCAUUUAGGUUUGUUUUCCGUGCUUCCUGCCUUUUUAAGCUUCUACGCUCUCCAUUGGCACCUUUCUAAGUGAGCUUUGCGGUUAAUUACUACAAAUUGAAUUAUCUAUAAAAACUUUGAAGUUUCAAAGUUGCAGUUACAAAAUUGCAUCAUCUAUCUAUAGAAGAUUUUAAUGGAAAUACCAGUAUAUCUAAUAUCUUACUUUCAUGGUGUUUUACAUCUAUACCUGUAGUGGCUUCUGUUUUUCUUUUACUUUUUUCUUCCAGUUAUAUAACCUUAUUCAUUUGAUGAAUGGUUGUACGUUGAAUUAUUAACCUUGCUAGGACAUUCCGCAGUCAUUGAAAAUCGUAACUGGUGACAAUUAAUUAAUCAUUCUACGAGUGUUCUUGGUGCAAGAUGGAGGGCUAAUAUAUUUUUACUGGAAUGUUGCAUAUAGGUAAAGCAUAUUACAGUACUGUAGCAUGAUGUUUGUAGGUGGUGUUCUAAAUUUUUUUGCUUUCUUCAGAGAAAUAUAAUAUGUAGGUGAUGAUAAAUCUAAUACUUGGAAAAGCCAAAAAGAAAAAGAGAGCAAAACAAAUGCAUUCCGAAAGCAAAGACAAGCCUGAUAUGUCUACAAAUCCUUGGUGAGCCACUCAAGAAAAACUUUCCAGUGUAGAAACACUUGAUGAUCACAUAACUGUUGUACGAAGGGAUAACGAACACAGAUCUCAAACUGAAAAAGGAGAAUAAGAAAUGAUGCAGCUCGAGAAAAAACCAAGAGAAAACCAAUAACUCUUCAAGAAGAAAAAGCUCGGCAAGAAAUGGUCAGAGCAAAGACAAGAGUAGAAGACACUCAGCUGACUGACAAACUGCUAGAGGUCACUUUAGUGCCUGCAACAGUUGGAUAAUACGAAACAAAAGUAAGCUAAAAUUUAAGUAUUGUAAGUGGGUUAUGGUAAUCUCAUCAGGGGGUAGCACUUAGCAGUAUGCUCGAUCUUCUAAACAUGCUUUUUCUCUCUUUCUCCUUCUGCUGAGAAAUCAUUUUUGGUGCACUGGGAGAAGCGUAUGCUCAUGAAGUUGGAGGAGAAAUCCAAGAAAGGAAAAAAGAGUGCUGAUAGAUAGGUGAAGACAGUGAGCAUAUUGCUAAAUAAUGUUAAAAUCACAUUUUUUGUAUGUAGUUAUGACUGUUAAAUACAAUCUCCCUUUAGCCUGUA